UGUGUGUUGUGUUUAUAUGUGUUUGUUUUUUGUGUAUAUUUAUGUGUGUGGGGGGUGUGUUUGCAUCGGGUGUGGCUAAUGUUUGUCUCUGUGUCUCAGGUGUGGUGGGAGGCCUGCUGUGGGCAAGACAGCGUCCGGGCACGUGAAGAGGAGAGUCGACCACCUCGAGCUCACUCACACUGUCAUGGACAACUUCUUUGGUGACGAUAGCGAUGGUUGCGCUGGAGUGUUUGGCCAGGGAGGACAUGGCAGCAGUGGGAUGAGAAGAGGAGGAGGAAUAAGAGAAGGAGGAGGAGGAGGAGGAGGAGGGGGAGGAGGAGUAGGCGAAGAGGAAGGGAUGCUAGGGAUGAACCAGAUAGGAACAACGUACGUCUUUCCCCCGAAAUCCCCCGAAGAGCCCCCACAGCCACAGAGGCGGCAGAGACAUCCAACGCUGAAGGAGGCAACUUCAACCAUGGGAUCCUUAGCCAUCACUGUGUCCCUGGGCUCUCAGGAGUCCUACGUAGUGCCUCCCCCGGCCAGUCCCAACCCUCAGCGCAGUCCCGGCAUUGUGUUGGGUGUGGACGAACCCAAGACCAGCUCACCCGGGGUCACCUUUUCCGAUACCCCUUCCAUCCUUCCCGAGAGCUCGAGGAAUGGGAGAGCAGGUGGUCUGGUGUCGACUGUGAUGGAUGCUCGAACCGUGUGGGAGGCGAGAUACGUCAUGAAGGAACGCAAGACGGUCAAAACUACCUUCCAGGGCAGAGUGUACAACUUCUUGGAGCGACCCACUGGAUGGAAGUGCUUCCUCUACCACUUCUCUGUGUAGGUAUAAGAGUCGUAUCCUGGGAAAACAAGCCGUAUACCAGGAAGGUAAAGGAGUUGUACCCUGAAAAAGCAAGAAGAGACGUAAAUGAGUCGUAGUCUGGGAGAGCAAGUCGCGUACCAGGAAGGGAGGUACAAGAGUCGUACCUUUGUAAAGCAAGUCGUAUACCAAGAAGGGAGGUAAAUGAGUCGUAGUCUAGGAAAGCAAGUCGUGUACCAGGAAGGGAGGUACAAGAGUCGUACCUUGGUAAAGCAAGUCGGAUACCAAGAAGGGAGGUAAAUGAGUCGUAGUCUAGGAAAGCAAGUCGUGUACCAGGAAGAGAGGUACAAGAGUCGUACCUUUGUAAAGCAAGUCAGUUUAGUAGUAGGAUUCAGAAGUUGAUAGGCAGAGUCCUACUUUGAAACUCUGCAUACGUGUUAAGUAUAGAAAUACAGACCUUGAUGUCCUUGCAACGAAGUGUAUAUCUGUGUAUGAUGUCCUUGCAACGAAGUGUAUAUCUGUGUAUAACCACGAAAAUA